CCGCCCUGAACCCCUCUCCUGGUUCGCCGAAAAUUAGUCUCCGUGGAGUUUCCCCUCCACCCCGCCGCCGUUUCCUCGGUCCUCGGCUCAGUGGAAGUCACUGCCCUCGAGGAGGAGGCAGCGGCAGCCGCCCUCGCCUGCCGCCCCCGGUUCGGUGCCCGCGGUGCCGGAGAGGAGGUGCCGCCGCCACCGCCGCUCCCCCCCUCCCGCUGCCCUCGGGCCGGGCUGGGUCGAGCUGCGAUGCCCUCGGACUUCAUCUCAUUGCUCAGCGCGGACCUAGACCUGGAGUCGCCCAAGUCCCUGUACUCGCGAGAUUCUCUGAAGUUACACCCAUCACAGAAUUUUCAUAGAGCUGGACUAUUGGAAGAAUCUGUCUAUGAUCUUCUCCCAAAGGAGUUACAGUUACCUCCAUCUAGAGAACCAUCUGUAGCAUCAAUGAGUCAGACAAGUGGUGGUGAGGCAGGCUCGCCUCCUCCAGCUGUAGUUGCUGCUGAUGCUUCUUCAGCUCCCUCCUCUUCCUCCAUGGGCGGUGCUUGCAGCUCCUUUACCACCUCUUCCAGCCCUACCAUUUAUUCUACCUCAGUCACCGACAGCAAGGCUAUGCAAAUGGAGAGCUGCUCCUCAGCCUUGGGGGUAAGUAACCGAGGGGUAAGUGAAAAGCAGUUAACCAGUAACACAGUUCAGCAGCAUCCAUCAACACCGAAGAGGCACACAGUCUUGUACAUCUCACCACCACCUGAGGACUUGCUGGAUAACAGUCGGAUGUCCUGCCAGGAUGAGGGGUGUGGAUUGGAAUCUGAGCAGAGCUGCAGUAUGUGGAUGGAGGAUUCCCCCUCCAACUUCAGUAACAUGAGCACCAGUUCCUACAAUGAUAACACUGAGGUACCUCGUAAAUCACGAAAACGAAAUCCAAAGCAGAGGCCGGGGGUCAAACGACGAGAUUGUGAAGAGUCUAAUAUGGAUAUAUUUGAUGCCGACAGUGCCAAAGCACCUCACUAUGUGCUUUCUCAGCUUACCACGGACAACAAAGGCAACUCAAAAGCAGGAAAUGGAACAUUGGAAAACCAAAAAGGAACUGGAGUAAAGAAGAGCCCUAUGUUGUGCGGACAGUAUCCUGUUAAAAGUGAGGGAAAGGAGCUGAAGAUAGUUGUACAACCUGAGACCCAGCACAGAGCUCGGUACCUAACUGAGGGUAGUCGUGGCUCAGUAAAGGACAGAACACAGCAAGGCUUUCCUACAGUAAAGCUGGAAGGCCAUAAUGAGCCAGUAGUGUUGCAGGUGUUUGUGGGCAAUGACUCUGGUCGAGUGAAACCACAUGGAUUUUAUCAGGCCUGCAGGGUAACUGGGCGAAAUACAACUCCCUGCAAAGAAGUGGACAUUGAAGGCACUACUGUUAUAGAAGUCGGCCUUGAUCCGACCAACAAUAUGACACUGGCGGUGGACUGCGUAGGGAUAUUGAAAUUGAGGAAUGCUGAUGUUGAAGCCAGAAUAGGAAUUGCUGGUUCCAAGAAAAAAAGCACUCGUGCCAGAUUGGUUUUUCGAGUUAAUAUCACAAGGAAAGAUGGCUCCACUUUGACACUGCAAACACCCUCUUCUCCGAUUUUGUGUACUCAGCCAGCAGGAGUGCCAGAAAUCUUAAAGAAGAGCUUACAUAGCUGUUCAGUGAAAGGAGAGGAAGAAGUAUUUUUAAUCGGCAAGAACUUUCUGAAAGGAACUAAAGUUAUUUUCCAAGAAAAUGUUUCUGAUGAAAACUCUUGGAAGUCAGAAGCUGAAAUCGACAUGGAAUUAUUUCAUCAGAAUCAUCUUAUUGUGAAGGUUCCCCCAUAUCAUGACCAACAUAUAACUUUGCCAGUAUCAGUGGGAAUAUACGUAGUGACCAAUGCUGGAAGAUCUCAUGAUGUUCAGCCAUUCACUUACACUCCAGACCCAGCAGCUGCUGCUUUGAAUGUAAACGUGAAGAAGGAAAUAUCUAGUCCGGCAAGACCUUGCUCUUUCGAAGAGGCCAUGAAAGCAAUGAAAACUGCUGGAUGUAACUUAGAUAAGGUAAAUAUUCUUCCUAAUGCUCUGAUCACUCCACUCAUAUCAAGCAGUGUGAUUAAGAGUGAAGAUGUUACUCCAAUGGAAGUAACAGCAGAGAAAAGAUCUUCCCCUAUUUUUAAGACUACAAAGACAGUUGGAUCCACUCAACAAACAUUAGAAAAUAUCUCUAACAUAGCAGGAAAUGGGUCUUUUUCAUCAUCAUCAUCAUCUUCCCACUUACCUUCUGAAAAUGAAAAGCAACAACAGAUUCAGCCCAAGGCAUACAACCCAGAGACCCUGACAACUAUCCAAACACAGGACAUUUCACAGCCUGGUACCUUUCCAGCAGUUUCUGCUUCUAGUCAACUGCCCAACAGUGAUGCACUACUGCAGCAGGCUACACAGUUUCAGACAAGAGAAACUCAGUCUAGAGAGGUAUUACAGUCAGAUGGUACAGUGGUUAAUUUGUCACACCUGACUGAGGCAUCACAGCAACAGCAGCAGUCACCACUACAAGAACAAGCACAGACUUUACAGCAGCAGAUUUCAUCAAAUAUUUUCCCAUCACCAAAUAGUGUGAGUCAGCAACUACAGAAUACAAUUCAACAGCUGCAGGCAGGAAGUUUUACAGGCAGUACUACUAGUGGCAGCAAUGGAAAUGUUGACUUGGUCCAACAAGUUUUAGAGGCACAACAACAGUUAUCUUCAGUUUUAUUUUCUGCUCCAGAUGGUAAUGAGAAUGUUCAAGAACAGCUUAGUGCAGACAUUUUUCAACAAGUCAGUCAAAUUCAAAAUAGCGUAAGCCCUGGAAUGUUUUCCUCAACAGAGCCAGCAGUCCAUACCAGACCAGAUAAUUUAAUAGCUGGAAGAGCUGAAAGUGUUCACCCACAGAAUGAAAACACAUUAUCUAAUCAACAGCAGCAACAACAGCAACAGCAAGUGAUGGAAUCAUCAGCUGCAAUGGUGAUAGAGAUGCAACAGAGUAUCUGCCAGGCGGCUGCCCAAAUUCAGUCGGAGCUGUUUCCUUCAACUGCUUCAGCAAAUGGAAACCUUCAGCAGUCUCCAGUUUACCAGCAGACUUCUCAUAUGAUGAGUGCGUUAUCAGCCAAUGAGGACAUGCAAAUGCAAUGUGAAUUGUUUUCUUCUCCUCCUGCAGUUUCUGGAAAUGAAACUGCUACAACCACCACACAGCAGGUUGCAACUCCUGGCACUACCAUGUUUCAGACAUCAAGUUCAGCAGAUGGAGAAGAAACUGGAACACAAGCAAAACAGAUUCAGAACAGUGUCUUUCAGACCAUGGUCCAAAUGCAACAUAGUGGGGACAGUCAACCUCAAGUUAGCCUUUUUUCAUCUACGAAAAGUAUGAUAAGUGUUCAAAAUAAUGGUACUCAGCAGCAAGGUAAUGGUUUAUUCCAGCAAGGUAAUGAGAUGAUGUCACUCCAAUCAGGGAAUUUUUUGCAGCAGUCUUCUCAUUCACAGGCUCAACUCUUUCAUCCUCAGAAUCCUAUUGCUGAUGCUCAGAACCUUUCCCAGGAAACUCAAGGUUCUAUUUUUCAUAGUCCAAGUCCUAUUGUCCACAGUCAGACUUCUACAACCUCCUCUGAACAAAUGCAGCCUCCAAUGUUUCACUCUCAAAAUACCAUGGCUGUGCUACAGGGCUCUUCUGUUCCUCAAGACCAGCAGUCAGCCAACAUAUUUCUUUCCCAGAGUCCAAUGAAUAAUCUUCAAACUAACACAGUAGCCCAAGAAGAACAGAUUUCAUUUUUUGCAGCUCAGAAUUCAAUUUCUCCACUUCAGUCAACAUCAAACACUGAGCAGCAAGCUGCAUUCCAACAGCAGGCUCCAAUAUCACACAUCCAGACCCCUAUGCUUUCCCAAGAACAGGCACAACCAUCCCAGCAAGGUCUAUUUCAGCCUCAGGUUUCCCUGGGCUCCCUUCCUCCUAAUCCAAUGCCUCAAAACCAACAAGGAGCAAUCUUCCAGUCACAGCACUCAAUGGUUGCCAUCCAGAGUAACUCUGCAUCCCAGGAGCAGCAGCAGCAGCAACAGCAGCAGCAGCAGCAGCAGCAGCAACAGCAGAGCAUUUUAUUCAGCAAUCAGAAUACCAUGGCUCCAUUGGCAUCUCAAAAGCAGCCACCACCAAACAUGAUAUUCAACCCAAGUCAAAAUCCAAUGGCUAAUCAAGAGCAGCAGAACCAGUCAAUUUUUCAUCAACAGAAUAAUAUGGCCCCAAUGAAUCAAGAACAGCAGCCCAUGCAAUUUCAGAACCAGCCCACGGUUUCCUCACUUCAGAACCCAGGUCCUGCCCAGUCCGAAUCAUCACAGACCUCCUUGUUCCAUAGCUCUCCUCAGAUUCAGUUGGUCCAAGGGUCACCCACUUCUCAAGAGCAGCAAGUAACACUCUUCCUUUCUCCAGCAUCCAUGUCUGCAUUGCAGAACAGUAUAAACCAACAAGACAUGCAACAGUCUCCCCUUUAUUCCCCUCAGAACAACAUGCCUGGAAUCCAGGGAGCCACAUCUUCACCUCAACCACAGGCUACUUUAUUUCACAACACUACAGGAGGCACAAUGAACCAACUACAAAAUUCUCCUGGCUCUUCUCAGCAGACUUCAGGAAUGUUCUUAUUUGGCAUUCAAAAUAACUGUAGUCAGCUUUUAACUUCUGGACCAGCUACAUUGCCAGAUCAGUUGAUGGCCAUAAGUCAGCCAGGCCAACCGCAAAACGAGGGCCAGCCACCUGUGACAACACUUCUUUCUCAGCAAAUGCCAGAGAAUUCUCCACUGGCAUCCUCAAUAAACACCAAUCAGAACAUUGAAAAGAUUGAUUUGCUUGUUUCAUUGCAAAACCAAGGGAACAACUUAACUGGCUCCUUUUAACUGGAUAUAAAUUCCAUGAAGAAAAUCCUGAUUUCAAGAUACCCUGAGAUCUUGCGAUUCCAUGAGGAUUAUUGAACUGUUACUUUAAAAAGAAAACAAAAUAUGAAAAACUGUGAUUAAAUAAAUGGAUGGAUUUUACUCUGACUGCAAAAGAGCACACCUGUGCUGCCUAUUGCAGUGAUUAACCACCAUUGUUAACAUCUUUUUAUUUUAUAUUCCUAAUAACAGUGAUGACUGAGAAUAUAUUUGAGUUUCCAGCUGACAGAAUUAAUUGUUGCUAUUUUCCUAGGCAUUAUUUCUUUAAAAAUACAGUUUAAAUUGAUAAGCUGGAUCACUCAGUUAUUAUUGCUAUUAGAAAAUAAUUCAUGUUUCAUGUUUACUUUUGUUCUUCAUUCAGAUUUUCUUUCCUGUAUUUAGUCAAGUAGUGGCUUUUGAAAAAGGAAAGUUCAAAUCAUAACUUAGGCUGUGAUUUUUCAGUAUAAAAAGCACAGCUAUUGGCCAAAAUGAAGCAGUCUUUAUUCAGUUUCUAUAGAGAAACUGAAGGGGUAACAUUCUGACAGGUAAGCUGUAUUAAGAGCUCUACACAGAUAAGAGGACUCUAUUUAUCACAGACAACACACAAACUGGGAACAGCUGGAAUGCUAUUGAUUUUAUUUUUCAGAGAGUUGUUAAUUCUCUGUGUUUCUGUUAAGGGUUUUAGCCAUAACUGUGCAUAGAAAAAUAUAAACAUCUUGCUCUAUUUAAAAAUGAAGGGGAUAAUAUAUGGUAAAUUAUGUUCUGAUAUCCUCCUACAAUAGUUAAAACUGACAGAGUAAUUCAAGUCUGUUUUCUUCUUAUCCCAGUCUUGAACUGGUAUUCCAUUUUUAUGUUCAGCGAUACUAUUCUUCCCCUCUUCUUCACUUUAUUUUAGACAAUUAGUAAUAUAUUACUAGCUUUGUGAUCCUGUAGUAACUUAAAUGAAAAGACCACUUUGAUCUGGGGUAACCCAGCAACUCCUGCAGCACAGGCCGGGGGGUAUCCUUUCAGGAAUGAGGGGAGCUGACUCCUGAGAAACAAGAAACAAUGCAUUUUUUUUCCAUGAACGGUGCUGUUCUGAAGUCUUCAAAUUUUUCCCUCUAAUAGGAAACAGUGUAAAUGUUAAUCUGAAAAAAAAAAAAGACAAACUAAAAUUUCUUGAAACAUCACUUCUCCCUGAGCUGCAGUGAGUGUAAUUCACUUGUCACCUCAGUGCUUUACAGUUUGAAGUGGUCACUUAUCUGAUGGUUCCCACAAGCCUUAGGCUUUACAGGGUCAUAUCAUUGACUUAAUAUGAAGAAUUAAUUUGUGUUACAUCUAUAGAGAGCAAAAUAACACACUCCAGAACUUGCAGUUGUAGCAUUAGUUAUACAGAUUUGGGUGUUCUCACCACCCAUGGGAUGCCUGCUUCUCUCUACAACCUGUUGUCUGGACACAUGCUUAUGUCUUACUCUCCUUUUGGCAUGUAGAAAGCUGUUAAUACAGUUUAAGGCCAAAUUGUGUGUGGCUUC